GAGGGGUCUGCGAGCACCUGGGACACAUGGUCUCUGCUCUCGAGGCCUUCAAAUUCGCUGCUCCUGUGCGCGCGCGCGUGUGCUCGACUUACUACUUGCACACAAGCCCGGGCUUUAUUAUUUAUUAUAGCCGUUAUUAUUAGUUAGUGACUGUGACCGUCACCUAGGAACAGGUUGUCGAGCCGCACAGCCACAGGUCGCUCGCGCCGAGCCCAGCGCCCUGGUUUAGACUGUCAUUUAUUAUUUUGCUUAGCCAAAUCCGCUUUUUACAGGCUUUUCCCCCACACAAAGUAAUAAUGUUAUUAAGUUAACCCUGAGGAAGUGCAGUACAAGAUGGAAACCGCGCUUGCAAAUGUAACUAAGUGUAACCGCUGGCAGACAGAAUGCAGACAAAACAGACUUUGCAGACUUUUUUUUUUUUUUUUUUCCCGUCACCGUGUGACUCGAGCGUUAUGAACAGCGAGUGUGCAGCGUUAAUAAAUACGUGUAAAUGUUUGCCAUGUAAUUUUUGUAAUGUUGUUGGAGUCAGCUGUUGAGUUCUUUUAAAUAAACGCAAGCACGUUGCGAAGCGUUUGAAAACCUUUACUUUUAAAAUGCAGGUUAGUGCGGGAGAAAGGUGUGUGUGUACGUGAGAGAGACAGAGAGAGAGAGAGAGGAAGUCGCGCGCACACACUCUGCUGCCCUUGAUGCCGCAGCAACACGUUUGAUUUUUAGCAAAGUUGUGUGAGCAAAUUUCUCAUGGACUUGUUUGUGUUUGUGAUUGUGCUCUGAUGAAACUGUCAGCAUUGGAAACGUGAAGUGUGUGCUCGUGCUCCCCAGUCUCAGUCACACACAGAUCUCCCCAGAGUCCUUUCAAUAAGUCAUACUAGUCUUUGCCAAAUGACUUGAUAUUGACCGUUGUGUCAAAAUGCCACCUGUGACUGUACUGCACAGAAAAACGACACCGCUCUUGCCUUCUGGCCCAAAGUCGGUUGGCGGGACCGUAAUUCAAUACGUCUGAACGUCGUUUCUUUCUCCUUUUGGAUUCUCGGUUUUGUUACAUUGCUGGGGAUGUCACGCUCGGCCUGUUGGCGUGCCGGUGGAAAGGACGUCAUCUCCGCUGCGGUUCUGCAUUAUUUGCCAAAGGCCCUGUGCUUUGAAAUGGAGCCUCAGGUUGGAACGGGACACCCGCAGCAGACAGCGAAGAAGUUGGGGGAAAAAAAAGUUAUUCGCCGGCAGCGGUGUCGAGGUGUGCACGUUUCUGAAGCUUGGAGUGUCAGUCUGGGCAUUGUCUACCAAGUCAAGGGCGAAGUCUGCACCGCCAACGCCGUGCUCCAGCAGAGAAGAAUCUUCAGCACACCCAAGACACCAGCAUGCCACGGGGUGCCUUCACGUUGAGCCUGAUGCUGCUCCUGACACUUGGUUCCUCGGACCAGAGCCCAGCCACUGUUCCCCGCACUUCAUGGAAACGCCAAGAUGUCAACUUGUAUGAAUUUUCUGAGCCGGGGAUCUUCAACUAUACGACCUUACUGCUUCACGAGCAACGGGAAGUGUUGUACGUUGGUGCGAGGGAGGCCAUCUUUGAGCUGAGCCUGAGAAACAUCUCAGUCAAGAACCAUAAGGUAGUAUGGAAAGUUCCAGAUGUAGCUACAGAGGUAUGCACUUCGAAAGGAAAAUCUAAAGAGACAGACUGCCUGAACUACAUCCGGGUUCUGGAACUGAGCGACAGCCAUCUCUACGUCUGUGGGACGCACGCCUUUCAGCCUCUGUGUGACCACCUGUCUCUUGCGGAUUUUAAGCUGGAGGGGCGCCAGGAGGAUGGUAGAGGAAAGUGCUCCUUUGACCCUAUGCAGAGUUUCACCGCAGUCAUGGUGGAUGGAGAUUUGUACUCUGGAACGGCAUACAACUUCCUGGGAAGUGAGCCUAUUAUAUCAAGGAACGGUGCCACGCAGAGCCCGCUAAGGACCGAAUACUCAACGUCCUGGCUAAACGAGCCCAGCUUUGUAUUUGCUGAUGUGGUGAGGGAAAAUGAGGGUGGUGAUGAAGAUGACAAGAUCUACUUCUUCUUCACUGAGGCAUCUAUGGAGUACGACUUCUUUAGCAAGCUGCUAAUCCCGAGGGUUGCGCGGGUCUGCAAGGGUGACCUUGGAGGAGAGAGGACACUGCAGAAGAAGUGGACCUCCUUUCUGAAGGCCAAACUGAUGUGUUCUAUGCCCGAGACCGACUUUGUCUUCAAUGUGGUCCACGACGUGUUUAUUCUGAAGACAACCAACUGGAGGGAAUCGGUGAUCUAUGGGAUCUUCACCUCGCAAUGGGACAAUGUUAGGUCCUCAGCCGUGUGUGUCUACAGCAUGUCUGCGGUAGAGGAGGUCUUUUCCAGGGGAAAGUACAUGCAGAAGUCCACCGUGGCGCAAUCCCACACAAAGUGGGUGAGGUACAAUGGCAUCCCUCCCAGCCCACGUCCCGGAGCGUGCAUCAACAAAGACAUUCGACAACAGAAUAUCACCAGCUCCCUCAUGCUGCCGGAUAAAACCCUUCAGUUUGUCAGAGACCACCCGCUGCUCGAGGACGCUGUCCGCCCCAUGGAUAAUGGGCCCAGGUUUAUCGCCAAGGAUGUCCACUACACACAGAUUGCUGUGGAGAGAGUCCCAGCUCUGGACGGGCAGUUGUAUGAUGUAAUGUUCAUGGGAACUGACAAAGGAAACCUCCAUAAGUCUGUUCUCUACCAGAAAGAAGUACACAUAAUAGAGGAGGUAGAACUCUUCCCUAACUCUGAAUCUGUAAAGACGUUGGUCAUGCCCUCUCAUGGGGCCCAAUUCCUGUAUGUGGGGUCCGACAGCAGGGCCGUUCAGUCCCCCACAGCCUUUUGUGAGAAAUAUCACAUGUGCGAGGACUGCUUGCUGGCACGCGACCCUUACUGUGCAUGGGACCGUGGUGCUGGUGCAUGUGUCAACAUCCUGCAGGAAGAUCGCUCACGAGGACACUUGAUACAGAAUCUACAGGGCAAUGCAGACGAAUGUCCUACAGGGCAGAACCAGUCCACUAAAGCAUACCAGCAACUGUGGGUGAAGCCAGGGGGUGCCGUCAAGCUUCCAUGCCAAGUGGAGUCCAAUGUGGCCCAGGUUGUGUGGACGGUCAAUGGGAGUGUACUGCAGGAGAGGUCUCCACCGUAUCAACGUAUAGCAGAGGGUCUCCUUGUCUAUGGUGCGGGCCCUGAGGACCAAGGCUACUACAAGUGCUGGGCAGUGGAGGAAGCAGACCAUAGGAACUUCACCUGGUUGCUCCAGAGCUUUGAGUUGGCCCUGGCCAAAGACCACCUGUACCCCACCACUGAAGAUCCCAGUGUUUUUACUGUAGUGGACGUUGGCUUCACUGCCAGGCCAGUCCCCACAUUUGAGAUGCCUGAGCCCACCAGGCUUGUUUUGACUUCUUCUGUGUCGCGCCCUCCGGGGGACCAGGAAUCACGGGACAAGGAGCUCGUGCCCCCACAGUACUUGGAGUCAGACAGAGGGAUGACCCUGCUGCUGACCUUCACUCUCCUUUUUUUACUCCUGUUUUUAGUCACUGUGAGCUACAACUGCUACAUGCAGUACCUGCCUGGCCCCUGUCUGCGGGCGAGGGCUUCUCUGCUGGGGGCCAAGAAGCCACCCCAGUCGGAGUACCGCUCCUGUGAAGCAGGCCUGGUGGAUAAUGUGACUGAUCAGCACCAAGGUCUCCCUAAAGGUCCCAACGGAGUUCAGAAGGUUGGGAGGGACGGAGAAGGUAUGUCAGGUGUUGUGCAAGAAGGCAGCGGUGCCCCUUCCCCAGGUGUGGUGUGUCAGAGCCCUCACUCAGAGAAGCCCUUUGACAUUGACUCUGAAGGUCAGCCCAUUGAGUACGCAGAUGCAGAUGUCGAGGCGCCUUGACCAUCUUUCUCCAUAUCUUCUGCGUUAAAUGUACCUGUGGAAAAGAAAUAUCUGCCAUAGACGCUGAUACGUCUUGUGCUCCAGUUCACGUUUUUUGUUGCAUAUGCGCCUUUGUACACAUGUAUUAUUGUGGACUUGCUGGGAAUUCUCACUCUUCCACCUGUGACUCUUAUACUGUAUGGAGUUUUUUCUUCUUCCAAACUUUUUUUAACUCACAAAGUGGAAGUAUAAUUUAUCAAAUUGAUAAGUUAGCAGGAGAGAUUCCAAAUUUUGAGUAUGUUACUCUCUUUUUUUUGCUAAAUAUGAUAGUUUUGAAUAAUGUGAAACUCCUGUAGACUGUAUCUAUCUUUUACAGAGGCGGAGCAUCUGUCCUUUACAUUUCCUCAGGGAAGGAGGUCUCUGCCUCCUGUUUUACUGUCUAGUGCUGUUAGCUUUCACAGGCACUGCAUGUAAGUGCUGUAAGAUGCCCUACUGAUGUAGAUUGUUUUAGGUUGGCUCAUUGUGGGGGGGACCAAGGCAAGGUAUAUUUCAUAAGAAGAAAAUAAAAUGUUCCAAGGAAGAUGGAGUAUAAUUCUGGGUUGAGCCAUGUGACGGUAAUGUCUGUUUUUGUUUGUCUGUGCUUUUUUGGAACGUUCCUGAAAUUCAUUGGUCUGUGAAUAAACAGAAUUGUGAGACUAAUUCCUGGUUGUCCUGAUGGAUCUGAAAUUGAGUGAUUUACUAGAGCUGCUCCAUGCUGAAUGGGAAUUGGUAAUAACCUGAGAAGCAAGUGAAAUGAACCA